AUGGCUAAGACAAAGACAAAGGAGAGCAAGGCCAAGGUUGCUGAGCCUCUCAGCACCGUCAAGGCCGGAGGUAUCACCAAGCCUUCCAAGUCGUCCAAGUCUAAGUCCAAGGAGCUUGCUAAGGCUGCUGCCAAGAAGGUUACCAAGGAGAAGGACACCAAGAAGAGCAAGAAGAAGAUUGAGCCCGAAUCUUCUUCCGAGUCCGAGUCUGAGUCUGAGAGCGAGUCUGAGGCUUCCGACUCCGAUUCCGACUCUUCUUCCUCUGAGGAGGAGAAGAAGGUUACUAAGAAGACUGUCUCCAAGCCCAAGGCCAAGGCUGCUGAGUCCUCAUCUGAAUCUGAGUCCGACUCCGGCUCAGACUCCGACUCCGACUCCGAUAGCGAGUCUGAGGAUGAGAAGCCCAAGGCUAAGGCUGCCAAGACCAACGGUACUGCUAAGGCCGCCGCUCCCGCCAAAAAGGCUGAGUCUUCUGACUCAUCCGACUCUGAGUCUGGCUCCGGUUCCGACUCUGACUCUGACUCUGACGACGAGAGCGAGGAGGAGAAGCCCAAGACCAAGGCUACCGAGAAGGCUGCCGAGAAGAAGGCCGAUUCUUCUGACAACUCCGACUCCGACGAUUCUGAGGAUGACUCCGAUGACAGUGACAGCAGCGACUCUGAUGAGGAGGCUGGCGCCAAGAUUGAAAAGACCGAGGAGGCUCCCUCCAAGAAGCGCAAGGCUGAGGAUGAUGGCGAUGCGGAUGCCAAGAAGACAAAGACUGACGAGCCUACUACCCUCUUCGCCGGUAGCCUAAGCUGGUCCAUCGACGACAAUGCCCUCUACGAGGCUUUCAAGCACAUUGAGGGUCUUGCCAACGCCCGCGUCAUGACCGAGAAGGGUACUGGUCGUAGCCGUGGCUUCGGCUAUGUCGACUUCAACGAUGCUGCCUCUUGCACCAAGGCCUACGAGACCAUGCAAGGUGUUGAACUCGAAGGCCGUGCCAUCAACCUCGACUAUGCCAACGCUCGUCCUGCUGAUGCUAACCCUCAGUCUCGCGCUGCCGAUCGUGCCCAGCGUCAUGGUGACACUGUCAGCCCUGAGAGCGAUACCCUCUUCGUCGGUAACCUUCCUUUCGAUGUCGAUCAGGACACCGUCCGUGAGUUCUUCAGCGAGGUCGCUGAGGUGGCCAGCGUUCGCCUGCCUACCGAUCCUGAUAGCGGUAACCUCAAGGGCUUCGGUUAUGUCAGCUUCAACUCGGUCGACGAUGCCAAGAAGGUCUUCGAGGCCAAGAACGGUGCCCCUAUUGGCAACGGACGCAUGUCCCGUAGCGUCCGCCUGGACUACGCCAGCAGCAGGCCUCAGCAGGGUGGUGGCGGCGGCUUUGGUGGUGGUCGUGGAGGUGGUCGCGGCGGCGGCCGUGGUGGCUUCGGAGGCCGUGGAGGUGGUCGCGGUGGCGGUGGUGGUCGCGGCCGUGGUGGCGGUCGUGGUGGUAGCUUCGGCACUGGUGCUAACCGCACUCCUACCACUUUCUCUGGCUCCAAGAUUUCUUUCGAUUAA